CCCAGCAGUGCCACCACAAGUUCCGCCCACCUGUGCCCAGCAGUGCGCCCACUAGCUCCGCCCACCUGUGCCCAGCAGAUCACCCACCUGUGCCCAGCAAUGCACCCACCUGUGCCCAGCAGUGCACCCACCUGUGCCACUCUGCAGUGUCACACACCUGUGCCCAGAAGUGCCACCCACCUGUGCCCACCCACCAGUGCCACCCACCAGUGCAGCCCAGCAGUGCUGCCAGUCAGUGCCACCAUCCGUGCCGCCAGUCAGUGCCCAGCAGUGAUGCCAGUCAGUGCCGUCUAUCAGUACCCAUCAUCAGUGUCACCUAUCAGUACCGCCUAUCAGUGCUGCAUAUUAGUGCCGCCUAUCCGU